AUGUCGUUGGCGAUUUUUAUGGCUGAGAAGAGAAAAGCGGAUGAGCUCCCGUCCGAACCGGCUUCGAAACGACUGAACACUUCGACGCACCCGAUGCCCUUCCCGGCACGGCCCCCGCUCAAGACUCGUCCCUCGGUGACGCCCGCCCGCCCGCCGGGUGUCCUUCCUUCACGUUACACUGUCGGUCAACAACAGAGUACGCCGAUGCCGGCGCGGUUUCCCCCGGUACCUCCCCCGCCGACCAGAUUACCUCCUACACCCAUUGUCGAGUUACCUCGCGUUACUCCACCGCCUAAAUCGGUACGCUUCAACACUCCCACCAGUACACCGAUGGAGAUCGAUCCCCGGGGGACAUCCGGUCCAACCCGACCUGCCGCACCGCACAAGCCGCCGUCACCGAUUGUUCCCACCCGCAAGUCCCCCUCACCGCCGCCCCGCGCCGAUUCCCCGGUCGGUGAUGACGAUCCGCGCAUUCCUGCUCCCAUCCGUGCGCUGAUUGACAAGAAACAAUUCGAUAUCGUCAACUUCCUCAACGAGACUGAAGUGCGCGGACUUACUCUCGCUGACCUACUCCAAUGGAGCCCGGCCUUACGCGAACGCCUCCGCGACGCGAUGAAACUCGUCCCCAAGGUGCGCCGCGCGGCUCUAUGUUUUCGCAAACCUCUACUUGGUGCCUGGCACCCUGACACUGAGCCUCCGGACCAUGACAACGACAACACCCUCGACGGACGUCUCGACUUUCACCUCAAAGCUCUCUCCAAGGUUGAUGUUUCCGCAACCGGCACCCAUUACAUGAACGCGCUCAUCCAGAAUUCGCCCGCGAAGUGCCUCUUCGACGGUGGUUGCUGCUUGAUCGCCAUCAGCGCCGAGGUCCGCAAGCGCCACCAAUGGACUCUCACCAAGGUUCCUCCUACCUUUCAUUUGCGCCAAGUUGACGGUUCCGCUCCUAAGCUCGAGGGAGAGGUCCACAACCUCGUCGUCACCAUCGAGGGUCAUCAAGUUCCGAUCAACGUCCUUUCCAUCGUCGGAAUGGACGCCGAGUGCUUACUAGGUCGUCCAUUUCUGGAGAUGGUAAUGGGCAUCACCCAUUGGAAGAAUUCCAUUUACCAUUUCAAGAUUCACGGCUCCUGGAUCCUCGUCCAAGGUAGCACUGGAGAGACGCGCGAAGUCCGUACCCUCACGGCGGCCGAGGAACGUGAAUGGGAUCAGCACGGUCGUACACCCCUUCUCGAUAUCACUCCUCCGGCGCCACGCACCCGUUCCCAAACCAGGCAAGCCAACAUCUCCUCAUUGAUCGCUGACGGCUUCAAGGUGGAGAUCGAUCACACGGGCGAUCAGACGCUCGCUGACAUUCGUAGUGGCGCUCUCUUCGGCAUACUACAAACUGAGCCCUGUCCACCCCUACCCGGCGACGACUAUUCCCCGGAUUCCGAUCAGAUGGAUUUCCGCAUCAACCUGCUACGCACCUUCGCGAAUGCCCCGGUCCCCAACCAGAUCACCGUCCCGGCUUUCCGACAACUUAAACAGGCUUUGCAACUCGAGCCCAAACUGCCCGAAUUCACUCUCCCCGCGACACAUGAGUUCCGCUUCCUCACGUGGAAUGUUAAUUCUUUGCGCAACCUCGUCCGCAAGGGGGUCGACCUGGGCUCCCUCUUCAACCGCCUGAACCUCGAUAUCGUUUGUUUCCAAGAAAUCAAGUGUUCGCGUUCUUCAUUACCGCUGUCGCUCACGGACAUUCCGGGUUACCGCUCCUUUUGGUCGCUCAGUGAGACCAAACAAGGUGUCAAAGGCGUUGGGACGUACGUCCGCGCUGAGUUAGCCGCUACGCUACGCAAGGUCACAACCGACGCUGAUCUACCGAUCGACCCGGACGCCGAUUGUGAGGGCCGUGUUCUCGCCCUCGACUUCGACCAAUGCACCGUGAUCAACGUCUAUUAUCCGAACGGCGGGAUGGGCGACGCUGAUCAACAGGCUCAUGCGAUUACUUCCAAGAUCGCCCUCCAUCAGACUCUGCUUCAGAUCGCCACCGCGGCCCGGACGAGCGGACGACAUGUCAUAUUCGCCGGCGAUUUCAACGUUGCGCAUACCGAUUCGGAUGUUCACCCCAACCUGAAACACCAGAUGCACACCGGUGUGACCCCAGCGGAGCGACAACUGCUCACGCAUUUGACCGAUCACGAUUUCGUCGACACUUACACUACCUGCCACCCUGACGCGCCGGCCGGUGAUGGCUACACCACAUGGUGGUUCUCCAAGCACGCGCGCGAACGGAACAUUGGGCUUUGA